AUGACAUCGAAUCAGCCACCACAUUCAGAAAAUCCAUCUGCGAAAGGCAAGGACGAUGGUCCGACAUCGUCAACGCCGCUCGCGCUGCCCGCCCCGCAGGAUGCCCCUACUUCAGCGACAGAACCAUCGCAGACAUUCAAACUUGACGCUCUGGGCCCGCUUGUCAUUAAUUCAGACGGUACGCUCUCGAGAAUUCACAACUGGGCCGAGAUGACCGAGCUGGAGCGGGAACGCACCCUGCGCAUUCUUGGGAAGCGGAAUCAACUCCGAAGAGAAAACGUUCUUGAUUCUGAGGCUGACCAUGUCAAUGCCGAGCCUGGGAAGCAAUAA